AUGUUAAACCGUUCCCUCAAAUUCAUUCAUUCAAACUUCCAGGUGACAAAUCGGGUGGGUGCAGUGUCAAAGGAAUGGCGUUGGGCAAUGGUGGAUCCGAAAUCGUUAGCUGUCAUCAUACCCGUGGAUCAAAAUCCCAGAGAUGUAUCUAGGGAGCGUUUUGUUUCGCUACUCGAGUAUUGUGAGGAGGAGCUCGGUAACAUCAAACAUUUACUUCGUCUUGAUCGAGUUCUCGCUGUCUUUGAAAAGCCUGGCUUGUCCAUGUCUGAAGGAUUCCCUCGCACUCUUCGGUAUGUCGGUUUCCGUCUUCUUCCACCCGACGCAGUUCCUGAUGUGUUAUCGUGUGACAAAUUUUUCGUCAUGAGCUAUUCUGUCUAA